CCACUGGUCCACCAUCUAUUCCCUUGCAGGCCAGAAGCUUCUUCCCCUUGGGAAGCUUUCUCCGUUGCUGUUGUGCCUCGGAAUCAGCACUUCAGGGAACAGCGACACAGAGGAGCCUUUGGGAUUUGAGCAAAGGAACCACAGAGGUUGCGGAAGGAGGCUCCACACAGAAUUCUUUAAGGGCCACACUCCCUGCUUAGCCUCCUUUACCCGCCCCCAGAAACCAACAGAACCAUGGCGACUCCCUCUGCUGCCUUUGAGGCCCUUAUGAAUGGAGUAACAAGUUGGGAUAUCCCCGAGGAUUCUGUUCCAUGUGAACUGCUUCUUAUUGGAGAGGCUUCAUUUCCUAUAAUGGUGAAUGAUGUGGGCCAGGUCCUCGUUGCUGCCUCUUCUUAUGGCAGAGGUCGCAUGGUGGUAGCAUCUCAUGAGGACUUCUUGCUGGAAAGCCAGCUCUUUGUCUUUCUUGUCAAUGCUGUUGGGUGGCUUCGUUCCUCCCCUAACUCAGCCAUUGGUGUGCAUUCAUCUUUAGCACCAUUGGUGAAAAUCCUCGAGAGUUGUGGAAUAGAGUCAAAGAUUGAGCCAGAAGUCAAUGACUCCCUGGGGGUUUACUGCAUUGAUGCCUACAAUGAAACCAUGACAGAUAAGCUAGUCCAGUUUGUGAAACGUGGAGGGGGCUUGCUCAUAGGAGGCGAAGCCUGGGAUUGGGAUACCCAGGGUGACGAUGACAGAGUUCUGUUCGCAUUUCCUGGGAAUCUGGUGACCAGCGUGGCUGGUGUGUACUUCACUGACAACAAAGCAGACACAAGUUUCUUUAAAGUCUCCAAGAAGAUGCCUAAGAUACCCAUCUUAGUUCGUUGUGAUGAUGACCUCUCAGAUGACAGAGAUGAGCUUCUGCGUGGCAUAAUCGACCUGGACAUCACCAACUCGGACUGCUUCCCAUCCCAGCUACUAGUGCAUGGGUCUUUGGCUUUUCCUUUGGGGCUAGAUACCUACCAUGGCUGUGUGAUAGCUGCUGCUCGCUAUGGCCGGGGUCGGGUAGUUGUAACUGGUCAUAAGGUAUUAUUCACUGUGGGUAAACUCGGCCCCUUUUUGCUCAAUGCUGUCCGCUGGCUGGAUGGUGGCCGCAAAGGCAAGAUUGUGGUGCAGACAGAGCUGAGAACACUAAGUGGUCUGCUCGCAGUAGGGGGUAUAGACACUAGCAUUGAGCCCCACCUGACCAGUGACGCAAGUGUCUAUUGCUUUGAACCCACAAGCGAUGUGGGGGUUAAGGAACUGCAGGAAUUUGUAGCAGAGGGUGGUGGGCUGUUUGUUGGAACUCAAGCCUGGUGGUGGGCUUUUAAGAACCCAGGAGUGUCCCCUCUGGCUCGGUUCCCAGGAAACCUGCUCCUCAACGCCUUUGGUAUCAGCAUCACAAGCCAGAGUCUCAAUCCGGGACCUUUCCGUACCCCUAAAAUAGGAACAAGGACCUAUCACUUCCGCUCUACCCUGGCAGAGUUCCAGGUGAUAAUGGGCAGGAAGAGAGGGAAUGUGGAGAAGGGCUGGCUAGCCAAGCUAGGCCCGGAUGGGGCAACUUUCCUGCAGAUUCCUGCAGAGGAGAUCCCUGCUUACAUGUCUGUGCACAGACUCCUGCGGAAGCUGCUGAGCCGCUAUCGGCUUCCAGUGGCAACCAGAGAGAACCCGGUCAUCAAUGACUGUUGUAGGGGGGCCAUGCUUUCCCUGGCCACAGGUCUGGCCCACUCUGGAAGUGACCUCUCACUGCUGAUCCCAGAAAUUGAAGACGUGUACAGCAGCCGCUACCUGCGCCCCUCGGCGUCUCCCAUCACCGUGAAUGUCAAUUGCACCAAUCCAGGCACUCGAUACUGCUGGAUGAGCACUGGACUCUACAUACCUGGAAGGCAAGUCAUAGAUGUCUCCUUGCCUGAGAGUGCCGCCUCUGCCGAUCUGAAGAUACAAAUUGGCUGUCAUACUGAUGACCUGACCAGGGCCAGCAAGCUGUUCCGAGGCCCCCUUGUGAUUAACCGGUGUUGCUUGGACAAACCCACGAAAUCAAUCACCUGCCUCUGGGGUGGUCUCCUCUAUAUCAUUGUGCCUCAGAAUAGCAAACUGGGUUCUGUGCCCCUUACAGUGAAGGGGGCUGUUCGUGCUCCAUUCUACAAGCUAGGGGAGACAUCCAAGGAAGAAUGGAAGAGGCGUCUCCUGGAAUAUCCAGGUCCAUGGGGAGAAUUGGCCACUGACAACAUCAUCCUGACUGUGCCCACUGCAAAUCUUCGAACCCUGGAGAAUCCUGAGCCACUGCUCCGCCUCUGGGAUGAGAUGAUGCAGGCUGUGGCUAAGCUGGGAGGCGAGACCUUCCCUUUGCGUCUGCCACAGAGGAUAGUGGCUGAUGUUCAGAUCUCAGUAGGCUGGAUGCAUGCUGGGUACCCCAUUAUGUGCCAUCUGGAGUCAGUGCAGGAGCUCAUCAACGAGAAGCUCAUCCGGACCAAGGGGCUCUGGGGUCCUGUGCAUGAGCUGGGCCGCAAUCAGCAGAGGCAGGAGUGGGAGUUCCCCCCACAUACUACGGAAGCCACAUGCAACCUGUGGUGUGUUUAUGUGCAUGAAACGGUCCUGGGCAUACCUCGAAGCCGUGCCAAUAUUGCGCUAUGGCCUCCGGUUCGGGAAAAGAGAGUCCGAAUCUACUUGAGCAAGGGACCCAGUGUGAAACACUGGAACGCCUGGACUGCGUUGGAAACGUACCUACAGCUCCAAGAGGCCUUUGGUUGGGAGCCAUUUAUUCGUCUCUUCACCGAGUACAGAAACCAGACAACAACAACGAGCUCACCCUCAGAUAAUGUCGACAAAAUGAAUCUGUGGGUCAAGAUGUUCUCCCAGCAAGUGCAGAAGAAUCUGGCUCCAUUUUUUGAGGCCUGGGGCUGGCCUAUCCAGAAGGAAGUGGCUACAAGCUUAGCCUAUCUGCCUGAAUGGAAAGAAAAUAUAAUGAAAUUGUACCUCCUCACACAGAUAAGUCAAGCCUGAGAGCUCUUCAAUAAAGUUACCUAUGCUCUUUCCCUGUCAAAUGUUUCCAGUGGUACUCCAGAUUUGAGAUGAUGGACUAAACAUGUAAGUUUGCCUUCCCUCCUUUCCCAGGCCCCACUGAAACUGAAGUCCAGGAAUACAAAAGAAAACUGAGACCUCUCAGCAACGGAAACUAAAAGCAUUUGGUUGGAGAAGAUCUCAACAAAUUUCUGGAAGAGAGAAAGUAAAUGAAGAGAAAUAAUGAACGGGAAACAUGGCGGUCCAUUUCAGACAGAAUAUACAGAUCCGAACACUGGAACCCCAAAGAGACUUGAGCACUAGAAAACUCUAGCUACUAAAUAAUUAUACCAGUUGUAAAUUGACUCCCAUUCUACUCAGCCCCAACCCUUGUACAUAGAAAACAGAAAACCUACCACUGAAACUAGUGAAACUGUUAUUGUUACUGUUGUUUGAAUAAAGAAAUCAAAUAAACCACCUGAGGAGAGGUAAAGAAUUAGUGCUCCAAAGGAUAUUCUUUCCAUGGAAAUAAGUGUCCCACUAGCCUGUCAGGUAAUUUUCUUCUCAGAGUUGACACCCUUACUCACAUGCCCACAGUUUCUAGGUAUAGCAGAGAUUUUCUGGAGAAACAGGAGUCAUCUAACGAGCUAAUAGUUAACAAAGAUUCUCAGUGUGGAUUCCUGAUAGAAUUUUUCAUACAUGGAAGGGCCCAAGGAAGAAGCAUAAAGAAAAUAACCACUUAGACAUAAAAAGCUUGAAAAAUUAUAAAUCAAUGGAAGCAUAAUUUAUAAGAAAAAAAUCUGUAAGGUUCUGACCAUUUCUCCAGAGAGACUUGAGGUGCAUUACAAAUAUACUAAGAGAAAAUCCUGAACGUUUUAAAAGCAAAACUGGAUGGCCAUAAAUUUUCAUCAGAUAGACUGAAAAACAAAAUAGAAUGAGUCUCCCCAGACAUGCAUCAAAAUGAAAUAACACACAAUUGAUAAGAAGGACAGGGAAACAGAUAAUCACUGUGUAACUGUUAGGAGCUUCCAGAAGACAGGACAGAAAGCCUGGACAGUGAAAGAAUAAGAAAGACUUGAGGAACACCAGAGGGAGGGCACCCAGUACCCUCAUCUUGCCACAGUCCUAAGAAAAGUGGAAGCAGUGGGACUAGAAGGAAUAUGUUGAAAGUGCCCAGGGAAGGGGAAACAGCUGAACCAAACCUGAGAAUUCUAGCAGUGCUGAAUGCUAGAAGUCAAGGAUUGUUCCCAGAACUCCAUAUAGUACAGACUGUCAAGAGUAAGGUAAAAAGAAAAAUAUUUUUGGCAGGUGAGUCUUUAGAAAUUCUCCCUCCCUCCUUUGUACCCUUAUUAAGGAAGCUUUCCAUUUAAAAGGAAAUCUUUUUCCAUAUAUAUGUGGAAGAAAGUUCAAAAGAGAAAAGGAAAGAAGAAAUGGAGACAGUGACCCUCACCCAGGGUGUCUCUGUCUAGAGUGGUAGAUAACAGAAGAAAGCACUGCCCUGGGCUCUGUGAAGAAUGUACUAGAGUAGCACUGAGGAAAUGGGACGUUUGGAGAUAUGGAAAGCAUACAGUCUUUAAUCACAAAAAUUAAACAGAAUGUCAAGAAAUUUGGGCUAAACCAUGAAGGAAAAUAGAGUGGGAUAGGAUUUCAAAGCCUUGUGGAAUAUGAGAAGAGAUGUGAUUGGGCACUGGCAGUAGGUAUGUUUCCUUUCCUUUGUAUGGGCAUCAUGGCUUUGGGAGUGUAGAGAAAAUAAGUUUCUUCCACCUGGCUUGUUAAAAGUAUUUUAAUAGCCCAAAUAAUGUAGAUGCCACUUAUAGAUCUUCAAUGUUUUGAUCAGCCUAUCAACAAAGCCUGGAAGUCUUAAUGUUACACUCAGAACAGAGAUGGAAAGGAAUGUUGAUCAGUUGAUGCACAAAACUAAGGCUGAAUUAGUUAAGAGACAGGAAGUAGAAGGAAAAAUGGGACUACUUAAAUAUUCAAAGUGUGGAUGAAAAGAUGCUGUCUUCGGAUAGUAGAACACAGUUGUAUGGUUAGUGUGCUGGUCAAUGCUAUAAAUUAGACCCUCAAAAGAAUAUCUACCAAACAUUUGGAGAACGGUAGGCAGGUGAAAGGUGGAGGUGGUGUAUGUUAAAUCAUUAUCUUUUGUAAUGGUGAAAGAUUAAAGAUCGUCUAAUGUUAAUAAGUCAAGAGAUUAUUGUUCAUACAUGUUAUUUAAAGGUAGGAAGUUAGCCACCAGAAGAUCCAAAAAUAGAUAUUAAAAGCAUCUAAGAAAUGAGACUAUAGAAGGAGGGUGGGGUGGGAACCGUGUUUUUAUUUCAUGUUCCGCUCGCUGUACUAUUUAAUUUUUUUACCUUGUGCAUGUAUUAUUUGGAAAAGUUUAUAAUAAACUCAAAUAAAACAUCC